AUGCAAGCUGUACGACUGAAUAGUUUGGAGAAUCGUCGACUGCAAAUUCAAAUCAAAUCUAUGCGUGAAGAUUUACAAACGUACCUUACUCGAUUACAUCGAGAAGAGCAAGGUUUGAAAUAUCAUUUCAAAAAUGUAGUUCGGGUGAUUAAACCGAAUCCAGCAUAUCAACGAUGGAAACAAGCACACAUGCACGAAAUAGCACAAGAUGAAGCGAAAGAUCUAAUCGGUUUGACUGGAUACGAUGCCAUUUUUCUUCAAUUAGCUUUUAUUAUUCUCAUAGAAUCGAUCAAAAUGAGGGCAAGAAUCAAUUCAAUCAGUGGCGAGCGAUCAACUUCUUCUUCAUCAAAUAAAGCUCCAACAGAACCCGUUCGACCUUUGCUUUUACUAGUUGAUCACAAUGAUGAAAAACACACCGAUUCUAUCAAUGGUAAAAACAAGCAUUUACUUCGACCACGUACAACUCCAGUUCAAAAACGUUCCACUACUCAAUCCCGAACAAAUCCUCUGAUAGCUCUGCUUGAUGAAUAUCCGAGUAAUUCGAAUCCUGCUUGUCAAUCACAGUCACCACCCUAUCUAUUUGACUCUCCUUCGUUUAACUCGUCAUCAUCAAUAGGUACCAUGGGUUCACGUAGAUUGUUUCCCAGCAAAUUACUCGAUCAACAAAAAUCAGCGAAUAUUGACGUUGUCUAUCGAAUCGCUUUGCAAAAUCAAAUCGCGUUCAAAGCAAUAGACCAGAAAGUUAUCGACGAGCGUAAAUUACAAGACAGAGACUUUGCUUUACAACAUCGCGCACUCAAAGGCAGCAUACGGAUGGCUCGUCUUAUAAAUAAAAUUAACUAG